UGGGACUUGCCAGUGUGUUUGAGGGAGUGUGUGUGUAUAUGUGCAUACGUCCGUACGUGUGUGUGUACGAGUGUGCGUGUGUGGAGCAGCCAACACACACUUACAUUCGCUCACAACAUGGCGAUGAAAGGCCGAGAGACACGACGGCUCUCUCCCCACUAAAUGCAACCAUGUUCUGAGUGAAAGCAGGGUACUAUGCCAAAGGGAAAUACGUUAACUAAUAGCCAACUAAUAGUCUAUUUCAGAGAGGAUCUAAUUGCGGAUUCCAUGAUAUGCAUGUUGAUCGCGGUAUAGCUGGCUGUAGAGACCCGCACGCUGCUUUACCCCACUGCUGGAAAUCAAUGCUUUACAUGGCGGUGGAGACUAUCUGGUUUUUCUAUCUACUUUCGUUGGGCUUCUGUGGACCAUCCGUUCAAGAGAAGCCUGUGACGGUGGAGCUGAGCUGUGGGGCGGGGCCUGUCCUCGUGGUGCUGGAGCCGGGACAGCCCCUGCUGCUGGACUGUCACCUGGGGGCCACGCCCCUGGCCACGCCCCUCAACGUCACCUGGCUGCAGGAUGGGCUCCCCGUGCUGGAGGGGGAGGGGAACUCCCUCAGGACCCUUGCCAACGGAUCACUGCUGGUGCUGCCCACCUCUGUGGAUGGUCGGACACCUCAAGGGGUGGAGGGGGGCUACAGCUGUGUGAGCGCCGGCCCCUUUGGAGCCCUGACCAGCCGCACCAUUGCCGUUCACCUGGCCACGCUGUCUCGUUUCCAUCAGGACCCAGAGGCCCAGGUGGUGCCCCUUGGGGGUGCUUCCCGCUUUGAGUGCCAGAUAGACGGAGUGCCCACGCCAAGGAUAACCUGGGAGAAGGACCAGGAACCCAUCCCCAGCCAGCCUAGGUUCAUCUCUCUCCCUAACGGUGUGCUCCAGAUCUUGGGGGCGGUUAAGGAGGAUGGGGGUGCGUACCGCUGUGUGGCCUCCAACUUUGCCCGGAAACGCUUCAGCCAGGAUGCCAUCCUCACUGUCACUACGGGUCCUGGCCCUGCCCAAAGUGAGGUAGUGAUUGUGGCACCUCCUCAAAAUGCCACAGUGGUGCAAGGGCAUCCAGCAGUGAUGGAGUGCAUGGCCCAGGGGGGGCAGCCCAAACCCCUGGUGUCCUGGAGCAGACAGGACGGGAAGCCCAUCGCCACCGACGUGGUUGUCCUGGAAACCAACCUGGUGAUCCCCAACACACGGCGUUACCAUGCAGGCGUCUACGUCUGCCGUGCCAACAAACCCAAGACCCGCGAGUUUGUCAUCGCUGCGGCUGAACUGCAUGUGCCAGCCCCACCAGUGAUCCUCCAGCCCCCAGAGACGGUGUCUCUCUCUCGGGGAAACACAGCCAGGUUUGUGUGUAACAGCUCUGGGGAGCCUCCCCCGGCGCUGCACUGGCUGAAGAAUGGCAAGACGGUCAAGUCUAACGGACGGGUGAAGACCCAGAGCCCUGGGGUGCUGCUCAUCAACCAGCUGGGCCUGGAUGACGCAGGGUACUACCAAUGCAUCGCUGACAACGCUCUGGGGACGGCCUGUGCCACAGCCAAGCUGUCUGUCAUUGUGCGAGAGGGUCUACCCAGCCCGCCACACCAGCUCUCUGCCACGCCCCAAUCAAGCACCACCGCCCUCCUCACCUGGGAACGGCCCGAACACAACAGUGACCAGAUUAUAGGCUUCUCUGUGCACUACCAGCCCACUUCAGGCUCUGAUCACAUGGAAUACCAGUUUGCCGUGAACAACGACACCACAGAGUACCAUGUGAAGGAGCUACUGCCACACACAGCCUAUACCUUCUACGUGGUGGCCUACUCCCCCAUGGGAGCUAGUCGCCCGUCACGGCCCGUCACCGUGGAGAUGCUGGAGGACGUACCCAGUGCCCCUCCCCAGCUGUCCCUGCUCAGCACCUCUCCUACAGACAUCAGAGUGAUGUGGCUGCCCCUGUCCUCCCAGCACAGCAGAGGAGCUGUCACCCGCUACCGCAUCGACUACUCCACACUGGAACAAGUGGACAACGUGUUUUCUGUGGAGGUGGGGGGGAAUGAGACUCAGUUUACCUUGCGGGAGCUGCAGCCUAACCAGGCCUAUCGGCUGCGGAUGGCGGCAGGAACGGGAGCAGGCUUUGGUGUGCCAUCUGAGUGGGCUCAGCACCACACCCCAGCCCACUUUAACCACAGCAUGGUGAUCUUUGCUCCCACAGAGCUGAAGGUUAGGGCCAAAAUGAACUCCCUCCAUGUCACAUGGCAGCCCCCGCCCAAUCACACGCAGAUCUCCGGCUACAAGCUCUUUUGCGGGGAGGUGGUUGGUGACGACCUGACCAAUGGGGAGGCUCAUCCUGAGAGGGAGCGGGUGAGGAGGAUGGAGGCCCACACCAUCAAGCUCCGCAAGAGGGUCAAACAUCAUGAGGUCUCUAGUCUGGUUCCUGACAGACUAUAUGAAGUGAAGGUGUGGGCCUUCAAUAAGCAGACGGAUGGCUAUGCUGCAGGAUGGAAGGGCAGGACGGAGAAGGCACAUGGCAAAGUGCCCCCUAAGGGGAACCCCCCUCCCCUGCCCCCCAGCAGCAUCAAGGCUACAGCCAACAGCUCCACAUCAAUCUGGCUGCGCUGGGAGAAACCUCGCUUCAGCAACGUCCACAUCAUCAACUACACCGUACGCUGCAGCCCGGUUGGCAUCAGAAACGCAUCGCUGGUCUCCUACUACACCAGCUCUGCUCAGGAGAUCCUCUUGGGGGCGCUAAAGCCCUACACCCGCUAUGAGCUGGCUGUGCAGUCCAUUGGAGGAGACGUGGUUGGUCCCUUCAGCGGCACCGUGGAGGAGUCCACUCUCACUGACAUACCCUCCACCCCCCCAGCGGAGCUGCAGCUCAGUGCCUUGGACUCCUCCUCUGUGUUGGUGAACUGGCGUCCGCCUGUGGAGCCCAAUGGCAUCGUCAUCAGCUACAGGAUCCUAUACACCAUCAACCUCAGCCAACCUGAGCAUCUGUGGAACAACCUCUCCGAAGAUGGGACCAUCAUGAGUGCUGAGGUAACAGGGCUGUCGACUGGUACACAGUACUUCUUUAAGAUGAGUGCGUCCACUGAGGUGGGGGUGGGGCCUUAUUCCCCAGUGAAGGAUGUGCGCACUCCUCCCAGGAAAUAUGAGCUGGACAUCCAUGCAGUGACUGGCAUCAUAGUUGGUGUGUGUCUGGGGCUGCUCAGCAUGCUCCUUUGUAUGUGUGUCAGCUUCCGCAACGGCAAGGCCAGAGAGGUGUCUGGAGGGCUGGACUCCACAGCUCUACCUCCGCAGUACCGCCGUGGGGGUAGGUCUGUGCCCACCAUGGUGCCAGAAUGCAGUGAUUGCCAUGAGCUAGAGACCCUGAUGCCCCUGGGCAGCCUGGACCAUGACCAUGGCUGCGCCCAACCCCUCACGGAGCCCACUGAGGAGCACAGCCUCAUGGGUAAUGUAGGAGUAGGGGACGAUGCCCUAGGAGCUGAGCUCAAGGCUGCUUGGAAUGGGUCAGUUAGUCGUAACUGGGCCAACCGGAUCACCAAAUACAGGGAUACCAUCACAGAGGACUCUCCAACGCUCAACAAUGGAAGUUUGGACAUGGCCACCACAGAGAAUGGCAAGGGCGACCCUGAGGACCGACUGGGCUCCUCCCUGUGCAGCGGUAACCAGGUGGAGGCAGAGGUCAUAGUUCACUCUGAGCUGAACGACCUGGAGAAAGAGCAGCAGGAGGCACGGAGUGACAAGGAUGAGGACUCUCAGACCACCAGGGGGCCCUCAUUGUCCGAGGCAGCUUACUCCCCAGUCAGACAGCCUGCCCAGGCCCCUUUAAACCCAAAGGAGCCAGUCAGACAGCCUGCCCAGGCACCACAACAUCCAGGGGAGCCAGUCAGACAGCCUGCCCAGGCACCAGAGCAUCCAGGGGAGCCAGUCAGACAGCCUUCCCAGGCACCACAGCAUCCAGGGGAGCCAGUCAGACAGCCUUCCCAGGCACCACAGCAUCCAGGGGAGCCAGUCAGACAGCCUUCCCAGGCACCACAGCAUCCAGGGGAGCCAGUCAGACAGCCUUCCCAGGCACCACAGCAUCCAGGGGAGCCAGUCAGACAGCCUUCCCAGGCACCACAGCAUCCAGGGGAGCCAGUCAAACAGCCUGCCCAGGCACCACAACGUCCAUCACCAGGGGAAGAGUCCCUAGAGACACAACCCCUGCCCAAGGUCCCACCCGGCCCUGUCCUGGAGCCAGUGUUCAAUCACAAUGGGCAGCCAGAGGGCAUGGUUGGGGGCAUGGUGGGCGUGGCAGCCCAGCUGACUGUAGAUGUGGGGCGGCAUAUGGGAAUGGGGCUCACCAACGGCUUCCACUCCACCAAGCCCCUGCGGACAGGGCAGGAGACCCUGGGGAACGGGGACUCCAGACACUGCCCCCCUCUCCCGUCCCCCUCUCCUUUCGUCAGCACCGGCCUUGUCCACUCUAACUCUGCAGCGCACAGCUACCUUUGCCCUUAGCAAGAAGAGAAACAAACCCCCACACCAAGACCAGUUGGACUUUUUUAUUUUUCUCAUCCAUGAUGAAUCCAUUUUCUUUUUGUUUUUGAAAGCACCUCAGUAUCUGAUUUUCUUCUUCUUGGCUCAGUUUUAUAGGUACUUUGAAUCCAUUGUUUUAUAUGUGUAUAUAUACAGUAUAUAUUUUUUUGUGCUAGUAUGUAUGGGUAUUCAUUUUGUUGCAUAGCAGCAGUAUGUUAGUCUGGCCUUACUCUGUACUUUGCUACAGGCUCCUGUUACAGACGUACGAUGACGGAAGCAUAAUGUAGAAAGGAGGAUAUUCCUUUUUUCAUAAGCCUUGACCUGUUGGACUCUUGAGAUUGAGCGUGGGCCGUGUGGUACUUCAAGACCUACCUUUGGUCAACUGAUGAUGGAGGAGAGGCUCUUGAUUCAGCACCAUGGAUGAAGAUAGAGCAGAACCGUGACCUUGUGGCUCUUUCACUCUCACUCUGGCUCCUUUCCAAUGACUGAGCUGUUCCUAUUGGCUGUUCCACUGUAUGGAUGCUCCUGCCCCAGCACCAGGAAAGAAGCCUUAUAUUUAGACACUGAGAGUGCAGACCUCUUGUCUCUCUCUCUCCAACCUCCUGCUGUCUCAGGAUCCACACACAUUCCCUGACUGGGGGUCUCCCUGACUUGGGGGUCUCAGGUGCCUAAUAUUUUAGGUGCAUUUUUUAACCUCUGUAUAUUUAUAUAGAUGAUUAUAUUCAAUAAAAAUAGGACAAAUAUGUUGAAAAUGAAGAAAAAGGAAAAUAAAUGAGUCAAUUGAAGAGAAUUUGAAGGAACCGGAUACAGUACAUGUAGUUGAUAUAGGUUGCAUUAUUUUUUUGGAGGGGGGGGGACUAGAUGAGAUGUGUAGGUGUUUGACAAAAUAACACAACAUACAGCAGCAGUCUCCUGGUUUUGCUCCCAGUCAACAGCACUACCUCAUUUCUUUACAGGAUGGUUUGUUGGCGAUUUGAAUUGUGUCAUGCAGAUAGGUGCAACUUUUGGAAUCUGUUUUUUAACUGUUUGAAUUCAUAGCCUUCAAUACUUUCAGGAAUAACUUCUUGUCCUCUUCUUUCUAUAUACAUCAAUGUGUAUUGCCUACAGGAAAUGACACGUAUGGUACAUAACGGACUGUCUCAGAUCUCUGUUUAUUGCCCUUUUCCUCAUUAUCGGUUGUCCCAUUAGAUCUGGGUUUCCAGCUGUCGUCACCCCCCUCAAUGUUACAUCUACUUUGGACGGGAGAAGAAAACAUUUUUUAAUUGACCAGUUACCUCAAAUCACUUUUCACCUUUAGGUGAAUCAUGCAGCAGUUUAGUUACCAGGCCUGCUAUAUGGUAGCCUGUUACUAGACCUACUACAGAUGAACAAGCCUCCGUUGGGAGGCCUCACCCUUUGUGAUGCCAUCUCACUCAUCCUUUCUCAGCUGUGUCUGAGCUCCUCCCUCUGCAGGUGAGAGGGGGAUGGAAAUAUAGAGAAAUAGACCUAGAAACCACUUCUGUUUUCAGCCAUAUUUACAUUCUUUCUUUGUACUUUUGACUCUCACCAGCCUGAGGUCGUUCACAAUAUCAUAUGUAAAGUCUCCACCCCUUUGAACUUUUUGUCACAUAUUGUUGCGUUACAUUGUGGAAUUAAAUUGGAUUUAAUUGUCA